GCCUCAGACCUUUUUAAGCUCUUAUACCAUUAAGAUGUCUCUUUCGGGCGCUGACUUAGACGAUUCGCAAGGCGCUUCGCGCCCAUCAGACGAUACCGAAAUAGACUUAGGCCUCAAUCAGGAGGAAAAUUUAGUGAACAGCAAGGACAGUGUUUCGCAUAAGAAAAGAAGAUCGAGUUCUUCGUCAAGUAGUAGCAGCAGCUCCUCGUCUUCUUCAUCAUCCCUUUCAUCAUCUUCCUCGUCGUCAUCUGAUGAGUCUCACAGCCCAUCACCAAAGAAGAAGAAGACAGACGGCGACGGGAGAAAAGGUUCGAACGAAAAGAAGAGAUCGCGAAAGAAGAAGAAGAAGGAUGCGGAGAAACCUCCUACGGUUACUUCCUGUAAGGUACUCCGUUCUCAAGCUAAGCUGGCUAAAUUAGUGAUGGCGAGAGGUUUACAACUGGCAAAAGUUAAGCUUCUGCGAAACAAGUAUGAUUUAUCUGUUCCAUCUAAAUACUCGUUAAACUGCCCCGCUUUGGACGAUACCUUUUUUCGACGGCUGACGUCUCUGAAGAGCUCAUCAGCGUCGAAAGUUAACAUUGAUCAACGAGAAAAGGCUCUCUUGGCGCUUCAGUUCAAGAUACUGGACAUCGGUAGACCCCUACUAUUUCUUGGUUCUCGUCUGGAGGACCCGGAGUGUAUCGAGGCGCUGGAGACAGCUCUGCAGUUAUGGGGAGUAGCUUUCAACGACAUAACGAAAUCAAGAAGUCGAAACAUCCUGCGUCAAACAGAUCCCAAGAUGGAGUCGCUCCUGGAAGACCAAGAUAAUUUUGAAUUUUCAGAGUCCAACCAUCUGUUUGGACGCCAUUUUUUAAAGGCCAUGGUGAGAACGGCAGAUGAUGAAGCUAAACUUAACGCAGCGGGCAGAAACAACGGAUCGUCCACCAGUCGCCAUAGGCGCGAUUCGAGAGGAAGGCGGCUCGAUCAGAGAAAGGAUCGUCACCCAUCCCGCAACCAGUUCGACAAAGGUUACGGCAAGAAUCAAGGAUAUUCGAAUCAGAACAAUGGCAGCUACCAGCUGUCGAGAGGACGUGGCCGCGGAAGAAAUUAUCAACAAGAAAACCGCGAGCAGAACAAAUGAGGCGUCCAAAUAUUAUUUGUUUAUUUUUCUUUGUUGGUAAAAGGUCUGAGGCUAUGGGGGCAGAGGGCCUUUGUCAUUGGUUUUUGCUUUGAAUAGCUAAUAGAGUGCAGGUCAACACCGCUAUAAGGCUUCCUUUAUUUAUUUCUUACAAUCCCA